AUAACUAUAAACACAUAUACCCGCGUCCCCCUCCCGCGUCCAAAGUGCAGAAACGGAAUUCUCCCAAAUUCCCUCGUUCAACCCCAAAUUCACACCAUUCUUCGCUGCUGUCGUCGCUCUGUCACGGUUGCGCUGUCGUCGCCCCUCCUGCUCACGCCGCCGUCGCGCUCUGUUGCUGCCGUGCUGUUAUCGCUCCUCACAUUCGCGCCACCGUCGCUCCUCACAUUCGCGCCAUCGUCGCUCCUUGUGCUCACGCCGCCAUUGCUCCGCUGCUGUGGCGCCGCCUUCAUUCCUUCUCUCUGAUGCCGCCGUCGCUCCUCCUUCUCCACUCUCUCUUACGCGUCUUCUCUCCCUCAAUCGAGCUCACAAAAAUUAGAUAUCUUUUGCAGUUAUUGUUACUGAACUUCCAAAUUCCAUUGUCUUAUUUCUAUUCCAAAUUCCCCAAAAUUUGUAAUUAUUUGUUCUUCCAAACAUUUGGCAUAUAUUUAUGCAUUUAUUUCCCUAUUACUAUACUUUUUUCAAAUUAAAUAUUCUCCAGCUUGAUGCCUAUUUGGACUGCUGUCUAAUGCUUGCAGGUGAUUAAAUUGUCUAAUGCUUUUCGAACUUUGAACUCUAUGUUGAAGUGUUGCUGAUCUUGGUGGUGUUCAUGCUAUUUGAUGUUUUUUUAGUUUCAUUUAAACCAAAUCUUUUAAUUAGAGUUCUAUUCAUAGCUUGCUGGAGUGAUGUUCUCCUUCAACCUGUGCCAAAUCUAUAGAAAUGCAUUUCAGAAAAGCAGCUUUCAUGUUAUUGUUGGUUGUUUGUAACAUUUAGCAUUGGAUAUAGAUAAGAUUAUGGAUUAAAAAUGUUAUGUUUGUUGAGUUUAGGAAUUUCAGCACAUUGACUUGAAUAAUGUUGAAAAUGCCAAAUUAGUGAUAGGAAAAUCUAAAAUGACAUUAGUAUUUUCUUGUCUUCUGGUUUCUCCUUAUAAAGUGACAUCCAAAAAAGACAAAAAAAAAAACCUGAAAAAAUAAUUUUAAAAUGAAUAAAUGAAGAAACCUGAUGUAAGAGGUAAAUCAUUUGGAGUUUUAAUUGACAAGAUCAAAUAAUUUUCUCUUUAUUGAAGAAACCUGGAAAGUUUUGUGAUUGGUUGGGGUUGAAAUUGAUGUAUUGAUUGUGUUGUAACUAGCUGGUUUUGUAAUCUUUCUAUUUCUAUUUGAAUGCUAUAUAGUGAUUUAGAAUCCAUUUGUUGAGAGUUCUUGAUUGUUAAGUUCCUUGGUAUGAUGUUUCCAGUGACUCUCUAUUGCUUUUUUUUUAUCCACCGUUGAUUUUGUUGUUUAUGUGAAUAACUCUUGAUUUGGGUGGCUUUCAGUUUUAGAUAUGGAGAUUGAGAGAAGUGGAGAAAACAAAAUUCUUAGACUGAGAUUCACUUCAAGUCACAAGCGUUCAAAGAGGUAUACCUUCUGUUUCAUAUGCUUCAAUUUUUAGCUUCUAUUGUUUGUUGCAUGGAUUGGUGUUCUUCACAUACUUGUAAAUGUUUACACAUGACAACUUGCUUCUAUUUUUACUGUGUUUUCUGUUUCUACAUGACAGUUUUCCUGUUAAGAAAGGAGUGGAGGAACAUGAUAAUCAAUUUGAGGCAUUACCCCUUCUAGCUCUCAUCUUACACUACUUUACCACUUUAAUUUAAUUUCUCAUGCUCUCUGCAAUUGCUUCAUAUGAACUAAAAACAAAAAAAAAAGGAAAAAGACAAUCUUAAUUUGUGCGGAAUAAUAAUAAUGAAAGGUUCAAUAAUUAAAGUAGGAAUCAAAGCAAAGAAAGAAAAGAAAAGUUCUCUCAUGAUUCAUAUAAUGUAUGGCAUAUAUCCUUGGAAAUAGAAAAACAUAAAAACAAAAUGCAUGACUGUUAUAAUCAACUUGUGUGAGUAGGUCUUUGUGUGUGCUUAAUGGCAUGUAUAUUGAUUUUUAGCAAUUCACAAAUGGCACAGCUUGGUUGCACUUCAUUUCAGUGUGCUUUUCUCUUUUUUGUGAAAGUCACAACUACGGUUCACUUUAGUGGAUGAGCUAGUUCUGAAUUUGUUCUCAUUGGAGCCAGGACCGGAUACACUGAUCAACCAGUCACUAAUGUACCAUAAAGAAUUAGAGGAUACACUGAAUUUGUUCUCAUUGGAGCUAAUAAGGCAAUAUAUAUAAUCCUAAUAUUUUGAAGUUGACACCAGUUUGGCCUUAAAAGAAAAUAUGAUAUCUAGUCCGAAUGCAGCUGAAUUUUGACCUCAACUUCAUCUUACCAUCAAAUCAUCAGGUGCUCAGUCAUAUAAUUAUAGUCGUCCUCCUGAACAAAAUAAUGGCAUGUUUGGUAGAUUUUGAUCAAGGCACAACAGGUCAUCAUCACAAAAAUGAGGAUGCUUUGGGUUGUUGUUCAAUUGAUCUGUGCACAUCCUCUAUAAAGAUGGAUGCAGAGGAUACAGAUCUACGUCUUUGCUUCCGUAUAAUUUCUUCCUCAAAAACAUAUACACUACAGCCUCGUUAUGAUAGAGAAAAUAGAAACUCAGCAACUGGUGCUUCAUCAACUAGUCAAUCAGAGGAUGGUGACAAAUAUUUGAUGGAUGACAUAUAUCCAAAGGAAGUCCAUAGUGUCUCUAAGAUUUUAAGGGGAAUUCCUGGGAAUGAUAAAUGUGCUGAGUGCAGUGGUGCUGAUCCGGACUGGGCAUCUUUAAACCUUGGCAUAUUACUCUGUAUAGAAUGCUCUGAAGUGCAUCGAAAUCUUGGAGUUCAUAUCUCGAAGGUGCAUGCUUUAAUAUAUAAAGGAAAACCACUUAUUUUACUUCUACUUGGAAAUGAGAAAAAUUUUAUAAACUGGGUAAAAUUUGUUUUGAAGUUUACCUUUAAAUUUUAAUUUGAAUAUUUUGUAUUAUUGGUGGAUUGUAAUUUAAAUAAAUAUAAGUCUAAGUUUAGUUAUUUAUCUUGUCUUAGAGUCUUU